CCAGUACAAGCGGCGGGCGCCUCUCUUUCGUCACACGCCGGAGAGAGAACUAGUCCAAAUCUCCCAUGUGUUUUUGUAGGAGGGGGAGGAAUGUUGUUGAAGUUUGGCUGGUUGUGUAGGCUAAGUGUGUUUUAACAAACCAAAAUCAUGAGACUUUUGAGAGUUCGAGACACUUAAAGUUAGGCGCUUGGUUUUCUUUGUUUAUGCUGGAUGCGCUGGCCUGGGAAGUGUUAUUGGAUAGUAGUAUUGUGGUCUAGAGACGACUUUCCUCAACCCCCUUUUUCUCCGGAGCGCUGGCUAACAUUAGCAGGAUAGCCGCUGCCUCUUCCAUACUUUCGUAGAACAACGGGAAAGUUGUUUGAGUCCGGCGAAGACAUGGCGGAGACUAAAAUAAUUUAUCACAUCGACGAAGAGGAAACGCCGUACUUGGUGAAGAUUCCCAUAGCGGCUGAGAAAAUCACUCUGUUGGAUUUUAAACAGGUCUUGAACAAGCCGAACUACAAAUUCUUCUUCAAGUCUAUGGACCAGGACUUCGGGGUGGUGAAGGAGGAGAUCUCAGACGACAGUGCCAAGCUGCCAUGCUUCAACGGAAGAGUUGUCUCCUGGCUGGUGUCCUCAGAUACCCCUGCAGCCGAACCCCCAGCCCCUCCAGUAGAGGUCCCGUCUCAGCCCUCACCCCCCCCUCCACCCCUGCCUCCACCUCCCGCCGAGAGGACAGGGGGCAUUGGAGACUCCAGACCCCCUUCCUUCCAUCCCAACACUACAGGCAGCCGGGAGUCCUUAGAUGAUCAGACAGAGACGGAGUCAGUCGUGUCUUUCAGGAGAGAGAGACCUCGACCCAGAGAGAGCAUAGAGCAACACGUUUCCGGGCCGCGUAUGAAUGGGCAGUCCCGUAUGGACCGACACCUGGCUGGAUAUGAGAGUGCCACCACAGUGAUGAGCAGUGAACUGGACACCACAAGCUUCUGUGAUUCAGACGAGGAUGAUACCAUGAGCAGGUUCAGCAGCUCCACUGAGCAGAGCACUGCAUCUAGAUUACUCAAACGCCAUCGCAGACGCAGGAAACAGCGCCCCCGCCUGGAGAGGGCUUCCUCUUUCAGCAGUGUGACAGAUUCAACCAUGUCCCUAAACAUUAUUACAGUCACUCUUAACAUGGAGAAGUAUAAUUUCUUGGGCAUCAGUAUAGUGGGUCAGAGUAACGAGAGAGGAGAUGGAGGAAUCUACAUUGGCUCUAUCAUGAAGGGAGGAGCUGUAGCUGCAGACGGACGCAUUGAACCUGGAGACAUGCUGCUGCAGGUGAAUGACAUCAACUUUGAAAACAUGAGUAAUGAUGAUGCAGUCAGGGUCCUCCGUGAGAUCGUCCACAAACCCGGACCCAUCACUCUGACUGUGGCAAAAUGCUGGGAUCCUGCCCCUCAAGGCUAUUUCACCCUGCCACGCAAUGAGCCAAUCCGGCCCAUAGACCCGGCGGCGUGGAUCAAUCACUCGGUGGCUCUCACAGGGGUGUUUCCGUCCUACCCGAGCAGCACCAUCACCUCCGGCUCGUCCGUCACUGAAACUGAGCGCUUCGACGAGUUUAACCUGUCUCUUCGCUCCGACAUGGCAUCUGUUGCGAAGGCCAUGGCAUCUCCAGAGUCCGGUCUGGAGGUCAGAGACCGAAUGUGGCUGAAGAUCACUAUUCCCAAUGCUUUCCUGGGUUCAGAUGUGGUUGAGUGGUUGUACCAUCACCUCGAAGGGUUUCAAGACAGACGGGAAGCUCGUAAAUAUGCCAGUAACCUACUGAAGGCUGGUUUCAUCAGACACACUGUCAACAAGAUCACCUUCUCCGAACAGUGUUAUUACAUAUUUGGAGACUUUAGUAACUGUGAAAAUUACAUGGCCAACCUUUCUCUUAACGAUAACGAUGGAUCCAGUGGUGCUUCAGACCAGGACACUCUGGCCCCUCUUCCACUGCCAGGGGCGACCCCGUGGCCCCUGCUCCACUCGUUCACGUACCAAUACCCUCACCCUUAUUCCACCCAGCCGCCUCCCUACCAUGAGCUCUCCAACUACAGCUACGGCCCGGGCAGCGCAGGCAGCCAGCACAGCGAAGGGAGUCACAGCAGUGGCUCCACACGCAGUGACGGAGAGAAGAGAAGGGGAAGUAAAAGUGUAUCCGGCAGCACGGUGGGCGGCAGCGUGCGCGACGAUAAAUCUCCCAGCGGGGGCGGGGCUGACUCGCGCUCUGGCAGCGGCAGCGAAUCAGAUUACUCGGUUCGCAGCGGCCUGAGACGAGACCACGGCUCAGCCACGCCCAGCGAACACAGUCGCUCGAGCCAGCGCUCGCAUCACCGCGUCCCGUCCGCUCACCUCGCCCCGUAUCCGCCUGGAAUCCCAAUCCCUUACAACCCGAUGAUGGUGAUGAUGGUGCCGCAGCACCCACACCUAGCACUUGGAGCCCCACACCCACAAGCCCCUGCUCUGCCGCCCCACCAUGCCAUGCUGGCCUCAGGCACUCCAGGCGGUCCUCCUGGAGCUCCUCCGACCCGAGAUUUGGGCUCCGUCCCACCCGAGCUCACCGCUUCCAGGCAGUCGUUCCACUUGGCCAUGGGCAACCCCAGUGAGUUUUUCGUGGAUGUGAUGUAAUGAAGGAUGUAACCGUCGAUGCGCGCUGAAGGAAUAAAUGCUGAGAGGUUUGCGAUCACAUGACAACUGUGAGUUCUGCUCUGUGACGGACAGAGAUGUAGUUUACUGUAUCAGUGCAGCUCUUUAGAGUUAGUGUUUGUUCUUGACGGUAGGAACAGGGUUUAUGGAAGGGUAGGAAGUCUUGCAUAGCAGACUUCAAAAUCCAUUUUUUUGUUGUUGUUUCAACCACAACACGGUCUGGCCUUCUGAACGACUUAAAGGGAUAGUUCACUUUGAAAUUAAUUUUUGGUAUGUUUUAUCUUACCUCAAGGGCA